CGAUGCAGUGGUAAAUCGCCUGUAUGUGGGAACGCACUUUCUCUUAUUUUGUGAAGGUGUGAAAAACGCUAAAGUGUUAGAGCGGCGAUUUGUAGUGUACGCCUACUAUUCACAACUACUUAAACAGUGUGUGUGGUUUUGUCGCAAACGAGGUUUCCUAGUCAUCUAUCAGGAUGGCCACGAUGCAACUAAAAGCGGAGAAAUGCCCGAUGGACAAGUUAUCUCUCACCAACUGCGCGAUUAUGAAUCCGAGCGACUGCCCCGAUGAAAAAUGCAGACAUAUGCUUAUCAUGUGUAACGGGCGAAAAUAUGUCUUCACAAUUCAACUCUCGGAUCAAAUGAAACCGGGCUGCAUGGGGUUUUCUUUGAUAAUGCGUAAAUGGGCUGAACUGAGCAUUGGACAGGUGAUAGAUGUGCGUCCGUACACAUUUGACCCCAGUAAGCAAUAUAUCGCCAAAAUUUCUUUGGACAUCGAUUUCCUCGAUAAAAAGCAGUACACCCAAGAACCUUUCGACACUGAUAAGAUGGCUACUGUAUUCACUCAACAAUUUCCAAAACAAGCAUUCACAGUUGGACAAAUGGUGGCGUUUCAGUUUAAUAACAAACUCAUGAAACUGCUUGUUACCGAGAUGGAAGCUGCAAGUUUGGACGCACUCAAAGGCGGAGAUAAAUCCUCCGUUGUACCUCACAAGACUGAAAUCGGUCUGUUAUUGCCCGAUGCGGCUGUUUGCUUUAAUCGUGCUGACGGAGCAAACAUUACUCUGACAGGAUCAUCGAAGGGAAAAGUAGUGCGACAGUCACUCAUCAAUCCCCACUGGGACUUCAGUCAAAUGGGCAUCGGUGGUUUAGACGAGCAAUUCAACGCUAUCUUUCGUCGAGCAUUUGCCUCCCGAGUCUUCCCACCUGAAAUUAUCGAACAGCUUAAUCUGAAACAUGUUCGAGGUAUUCUUUUGUAUGGCCCGCCGGGAACGGGCAAGACCUUGAUGGCUCGUCAAAUUGGAAAAAUGCUCAAUGGACGGGAGCCCAAGAUUGUCAAUGGACCGCAAAUUUUGAACAAAUACGUGGGAGAGUCAGAGGCUAACAUCCGAAAGCUUUUCGAGGAUGCUGAGGAGGAGCAAAAACGUCUAGGUAUCAAUUCUGGACUGCAUAUCAUCAUUUUCGACGAGAUCGACGCAAUUUGCAAACAGCGGGGUUCGAUGGCUGGAGCUAGCGGUGUGCAUGAUACCGUUGUAAACCAACUGCUGUCGAAGAUUGAUGGAGUAGAGAGCCUUAACAAUGUUCUUGUAAUUGGAAUGACUAACAGGCGCGAUAUGAUCGAUGAAGCUCUGCUUCGACCAGGCCGAUUGGAAGUGCAAAUGGAGAUUGGCCUUCCGGAUGAACACGGCCGAACGCAAAUCCUCAACAUCCACACGUCGCGUAUGAAAACUCACGGUAAACUGGACGAUGAUGUAGAUCUCGUAGAGCUCGCGGCGCUCACAAAGAAUUUCUCAGGCGCUGAACUUGAGGGUCUAGUUCGUGCGGCUCAAUCAAUGGCAAUGAACCGCCUCAUUAAGGCUGGCAGCAAAGUCGAGGUGGACCCUGACGCUCUCAACAAACUCAAGAUCUGCCGGCAAGAUUUUAUGACUGCGCUAGAGAACGAUAUUAAGCCAGCGUUUGGAACUGCUGUCGAGGAGAUCGAAACCCUCGUUGGGUCCAAUAUUUUCGUCUGGGGGGAUCCAGUUAAUCAACUGCUGGGAGAAGGCGAUUUGUCUAUUGAUCAGUGUAAGGCGUCAGAGGGUCGCGGCCUUGUCACGGUGCUACUGGAGGGACCACCCAAUGCCGGCAAGACAGCUUUGGCAGCCAAGAUCGCGCUCAACUCGGGAUUCCCAUUCGUCAAGUUGUGUUCACCGCAACAGAUGGUGGGAUAUUCGGAGUCAGCAAAGUGUCAAAUCAUCAAGAAGAUCUUCGAUGAUGCUUACAAAUCAGUUCAAAGCUGCGUUCUGGUCGAUGAUAUUGAACGUCUACUUGAUUAUUGUCCUGUGGGGCCACGUUACUCAAACAUGGUAUUGCAGACACUACUGAUUCUGCUAAAGCAAGACCCUCCGAAAGGUCGACGUCUACUUAUCCUGUGUACGACCUCCUGCAAAGACUUUUUGGGAGAGAUCGGCAUGCUUUCUCUGUUCUCUACUGUCCUUCGUGUUCCUGCUAUUAACCGACCGGACCAGUUCCUGUCUGUACUAGAGCAGUCGAAUUGCUUUGGCCAAGACGAUAUACAUCGGCUUGCCAAAGGCGUGCAAGGCAUGCGUAUCUAUAUCGGUAUUAAGAAACUGCUAAGUUUCAUCGAUCGAGCUAGGCAAAUUGGCCCGAAAGAGCGCGUGAACAGAUUCCUUCUCCGCCUCGAGGAGGAAGGUUGCCUCGUGCACAGCGGCUAAGUUCCUUAGCCUCUCUAUCAACCUAACCGGAAAUUUACGUGGUUAAAAAACCCUACACUGCGAUAUGAGCAGUAUACGAUCUGCUUAUUUACACGGUACAUACAAUAUUGUACACAGUUGACGAAUUUAGUAAGUUCAUGCACGUUAGCUUUCCUGAAACUAAGAUAAGCAAGGCUGUCAAAAUACUGAAAGGGUUCAGUUUGUUAUCGCAGCGGCAAUUAUAACUAUGAUGUUCCAGUUAGUCCAUUCAUCUAUGUUGCUGCCUUUUAAAUGCUAUCUAAUAUAUGAUCGUUUUCCAAUGCUUAAAAUAAUCGCAGAAAAAAUACAACACACUGAACUGACAGUUAGCCGUACUACAGAAAAUAUUAAUGCAGCAACAUGUCGCUAAUAGAGAUAAAGAAGAUAAAAGAUCCUUAAACUUAGCAUCUAGCUUCUAACAAGGCAUGAAGGUAGAUCCUAAAUAUAUAUGAAUCAGCUUCGGGGAGCGGCUGGUUCGAGUACACUUACAUGCUCAUAAACACAGUGUUUAUGAAUAAAAUAACAUCUAAAUUGAUACACAUGUAAGACGCACCGUGGUAGCUAUUAUGAUGAACAAGUCCAAAGAGAAAGCUGCUUCUACUAGAGCUGACCACGAGAAAUCCUUACGCCAAGGAGAAAAAGGACGCCAAUCAAUCAGAUUCUAUCAAAUCAACUCGUAUAUACGGUUGCAACGUUCGUCCUGUGUGCGUGCAUAAUCAGCGACAGACAAAAGAUGGGUACGUUCACUGAAAGUAUUGAUACGAUGGUUUACCAGCGACAGAAGUUUUUUUUUUUUUUUUUUUUUUAUCACAACGAGUCUUGAUGAUCGGAUCGGAAAAGUCCGAUUCCUUCACAACAGUCUCGUUCUCCUCGUAAGCACUAAUUGGGUCCGUUUUAGUUUGUGCUUCCAAAAAGCACUAAGGAUACUCAGAAUUGACCCCGGCACUAGCAGGCAACUACGGAUUACCUACUCGAUGAUCUUAGCAAGCCAUAGACGAUUUUUGUACUUAUGUUGUAUAUAACAUGUGUCAAUAAAACACAGUUAAUACAUAAAUAGAUAGAUAGAUACAGUAACUCCGGUAGCCGAACUAAGGAUUUGCUGUGGACAUCGAGCGACAGCACAUCACCAUUAUGACAACGGCUAGCAAUAAUUACACGCAUCAAGCAGAAAAAUAGAUAGUAUACGAACCCGUUGUUGUUGAGUUAAUUGUUGUUGAUGAUGAUUUCGUUGGCUAAGAAUUACAUGAUGACAUGAGUUUACGUAGGAAAUAGACAAUGGUCUAUAGGCGUAACUAUUAUUGCUAUUCGUAAUACGGCAGUAGCUAUUUCUGGUCAUCAGUAGUACAUUAUCAAGAAAAGACAGGAAAGCUGGACGAUGAAUAUUAGAGAAAAACUGAAAAAAAAAUCCUUCAUGAACACGGUAGUUGAAGGUGGGUAAAAGUCAAUGUUUUCCGGCGAAUUUGUAGCAGCCGGUGGACAAACGAUAACGCUGUCCUUCCGGCCAUCACCCGUUUGUAGCUAUGAUUGAUAUGGAUGCGUUGAACACCAUGGCAGUUGUGGUAAUAACGAUGGUGAGCCGGCGGUGAGAGAACGUAGCAUUGAACGUAUCGCCAUUUAUUUUAGCCAAUUGUUCUAUCAAUACGAUAUUAGUAGUGCUAUUGAGACAGAAAUAAUGUCUUUAACACCAUUAACAUUAACUCGACUAAUCAUAGCAACAAGAGAAAAAAACAGAAUAUAGUAAAAGUAGAUGACUAAACUAUUAUUACGUCUAUCGAUUAAAGUAGCAAUCGUAUUAGGGUUGAAGCUUGUAUAAGCUUCACUGAGCGAUUUAUUACGAACAAUUGAUAAUAAACAGCAUUCAUUAUCUGGGUUUUCCCUGGUAGUAGUAGUAGUAUGGAAAAGGCGAAUGAAAACCCGCAGUAUCAGCUUCAUAUAUAUAUAUAUAUAUAUAUAGAGAAAGGCCAAUAACGAGGUUAUGUAAACUUAGCGGCGAACUUGAUAGAAUUCGCACAAGAAGAUAAUAGUUUUUUCCAUCUACCAACCGACACAAUUUUCGAGCCAUUAUUGCAUGGUUUCAAUGUGGCUGAAGCCAUCCUAUUGGUGGGAGAACCUAUAAUUACUAAGACAAAUCACGUACACGCAGGCGCUAUCGGCCAAACAGUCAAGCGUUGUAAACAUUCCGGUUUGAGAAAACCCAAAGAGCAAAGAUGACAUGGGACGAACACGUGCUCACGCAGCAUAAUUACUAUUAGAGCUUACAACACGUCAACAUAUAUAGCGAAAAUACAGAAAAAAUACAUUUCAAGAGAAUAAAUGAACAGAUUAAUAUACGGUCA